AUGCCUCCUCUUCACCAGCUGAUGAAUGAUCUGUUCAUUGGAAGCUACUGGCCUCUCACGCGAAUUCUACGGCAUCGAAUUGCUCCACUGCAUCAGCUUCGUACCUUGUUUGGCGUUGCAAUCAAGCUCAAAUCGGUAUUCGACCUGAUCCAAGCAGCGGAAAAGGCAGGCAACCAAAGUCUGGAGGAGAAGAAGAGGUUGGAGGAACAGGCGGCUGCCAAGAAGAUGUCACAGGCGUUGUUCAAGGGAACGAAACAAGAAGUCGCNUAUAUCCUCCGCGAGACGUGCGACCGCCCUCCCCUCCCAUUCUGCUAUACUACGCGAAAAGGCCCUGUUGAGGGCUGUGGCACUGCAGAUCCUUAGAGAGGCGUGAAUGAAUGUUAAAAAGGACGCGCCUGAGCCUGGGAGCGAUUAUGGGAAGAUUGAUAUGAGGAGUAGUCGCGUGAGGGAGGACGGAAGGACAUGAGCGGCCCAAUAGUUGUGUUCAUGAAUAUCAUCCCAGAAUAAACCAUGUUUUUGUGU